GUAUGUUAUCGCUGGCUGGAUGACGGGCCUUUAGAUCACACCAGACCCGACAUAACAGGACGUCACAAAUUUUACCCGACACAAGAGGACCACAGGCAGCUCGCAGGUACCGCUCCAGUUACAGGGGAGUUUCAAUCAGCGGUCAACGUCAGUCAGUGGUCAACUGGAAUUGUAUGGUUACCAUGGCAACAUGUCUGGGUGCUCUGAUUGUGCUGGUGCUAAUGACGUCAGUCUCUAGCAUCCCCAUCGCGACGGGUGAGGACGGGACCUUGAACCCACCCAUCGUGGUACAAUAUCUGACCCCACCUGAAGGUCAGCGGGAGCAGCUGACGUCAGACGAUGUUUUGGAAAAAGUUCACAGGAACGCCGUCAGCAACAAAACCAGGCGCUGGGCGAAUGGCAUCGUGCCGUACACCAUCAGCAGAGAGUUCCCCACAGCCAUCCAGCUGACCAUACGAGAGGCUAUGGACGAGAUCGAGGCUGACGCGGCCAACGGUUCCACCAAGUGUGUCCAGUUUGUCCCCCGCUCCACAGAGCCGCGCUACCUGCAGAUCAACACGGGCUCUGGCUGUCACUCGACCAUCGGCUAUGACGAGACCGAGGAGCUGUCCUCCACCCUGGGGGCAGGAUGUGAGCAGAAGGGCAUCAUCAUGCACGAGCUGCUGCACGUGCUCGGCUUCUACCACGAGCAGAAUCGGCCUGACCGUGACCUUUAUGUCAACAUCAACGAGACCAACGUGGCUCUCAUCCGGGACUUUUACAUUAGGAACAGUUCGGUCAUCGACACGCUGGAGGCGCCCUAUGACUUUGGCUCUAUCAUGCACUACCCAGCCUUCGCCUUCCCCAUAGACCCGACCUACCCCACCAUCACCCCCAAGCCGAGCUUUGCCGCGGGCCUCAAGAUGGGCCAGCGUAUCGCCCUCAGCAAGAUUGACGUCAUCAAGCUCCAGCGGCUGUACGGCUGUGUGCAGGACGAUACUCACGUCUUCUCUGACCUCCAGCAGCACGUGCUCACCUUCUGCGACUUUGGUCAGGACAUGUGCAACUUCUCGUACGUCCGCACGACGGCCGGCCCCGCCCAGACAGCAGAUGGUAGCGACCCGUCCAGCCUGGCCCGAUGGACUGUGACGUCAGCAUCUAUAUCGGGCGGGCCCAAGGGAGGGAUGACCAACGGGGUGGACUCGUUCUUGUACGCCUCUAGGACGACGGCCGCCAACGACAGCACGCCGCUGGCCACGCCAUCCGUGCUGACCACGACAUCCGUGCUGACGCCGGUCAUACGCUCACCAGACGACGGCAAACUGUGCAUCACCUUCCAGAUGUACCAGCGCGGGCCCGCCAGCUUCAUCUCCAUGUACCUGGUGUUUGAGACGCUCCCCAGGACCCUGCUGAUGAUCAGGGGAGGGGACGCCAACCGCUGGAGUAGGGCGGUGCUGACCACCGAGCUGCCCCCCGGCCUCAACUUCCAGCUGGAGAUAGUCGCCAACCUGGCGCAGGAGCCGCUCGCCAUAGACGAUUUCUACGUGCUCAAGUCCAAAUGUUUGUACGCCUAGACAUGACGUCACGCCUAGACAUGACGUCACGCCAUGUCUAGGCGGGACGUCAUGGUCAAUGGUAUCUGGACGUGACGUUAUAGUUUGCUUUGUCAAACCCCCACGUGUGAGUGUAUUUUGACAUGACUUUCAGACUCUAAGAAAAACUAUUGGAACAAAUCGUCCGCUUUAGUUUUGAAUGUACUUGCUAUAGAUAUACUUGUACACUAUAUAACCUUAUUUUUUUUUAUACAGAAAGCAGAAUGUGUGAAUGCACUGAUCAGUUCUGAUAUCUUUUAAACGUAAAUAAAUAUGUGCUUGCAAUC